UCACUCUGAAAUAGGAACAAUCUGCCAUUAAUCCCCUGUUUAUUCUGUGUCGAGUGGGCGUCUCGAUCGGUCUCCGCGAUUUGCAUUUCGAGAGUGGGACACCAAACGGAUGAUGAUGGAGAACGAUUUCAGUUCACUUUUGAGGAUAGAAGUAAUAGAUCACGGAGAACAGGAGAGGGGUUGCACUAAAACACGAUGUUCUGUGUGCUUGUUGUCUAAUUCGAUGAAAGCUUCCCUCCUGACAUGUGGCCAUAGGGUCUGUGACAGUUGUAACGCUUUGGUUAACAGCGGGGACACCACUGUCUUUUGCGUCUCUUGCCAAAUUCGAAACGUGUCCCCCAACCCGAGUCAAGAGGUCACAUCCUCCGAAUCAUCUUUUCCGCCGAUAAGCUCAUCGUCACCGACGUCGUUGUCGAGUGAGAAGAACGAGAUCUUGAAGACACAGCUAACGAAGCUUCGCCAUCUCGACGAAGCUGUCUACAAACCUCUCGGAAAGCACUUCGACAAGGUGCUUCAGAUGAUUAAAAACGGUCUCGACAAAAAUGUUAAGCUGGUCGAGGCACACUUCGAAGAAAUCGUCGACGUCAUGGAGAAGAGGAAAAAGAAGAUCAUUAAGUCGUUGAAACAAAAUACGAAGGCGAAUAAGAUUAUGAUUGAAAAUAGAAAGAAGGCGAUGGAGAAAGAGAGAGUGCAGUUAAAAGAGUACACAGGGCGACUACAGAACAGAGUUCGCAAUCGGUUGAAUGGAAAACGUUCUGAGAUUAUGCUCAACUCCUUUCUAUCUGAGGUGGACGGCUUUCAAAGGAAAGCAAGAAAAAUGAGCACGGAGAACUCUGUUACCGAACUGGAUGACCUCGAGGUGAUCAAUAAUUCCGAUGUAGAGGUUACCAUCAAGGGUGCAGUGGAGCAAAUGACAACACUGCGUGAGAAAACCCAGCUUCUUAAAUCCAGAGUAGGAACACCAACAUCUUCUCUUUCUUGGUCUCUCGAAGAAUCCUCUUCAAGGAACGGAAGACCCACGUCUCAUCUCGUUCCAACCCCGCCUCGUAGAACGAAGAGUCUGUCACCGAAACCUCGCUCAUCAAGGGUGCCGGUGACACCUCUGGACCUACGCUCAGAAGCAGAUGGUUGCGAGCCCCAGAUCCUCCAGAAUAAUCGAUAUCUUCCCGAUAUAGCAUCUGUAACACCUCCAGGCACUGAGCCACCCGCCCGAAGACCAGAAAGUGGUCAAACCUUAGCGCUGCCCGCUCAAGAUGCUUCUAUCAGAGAACUGUACGACGGUCCUCAUCGAAGCUGUCGUGGUUCCAAGUCGUGCGAAAGAAGCCUCCAGAAAACGCAAGAACGUUCUGCCAAAAGGACUUUGCCGAAUAUCCCUCUUCUCCAGGGAGGGAGAGCUGUAGCCAACUCACGUAGGCCUGGAGUAAAGUAUCAAACACUCAUCCAAGAUAAUGGUCAGGUAGAACGGCCCUCAGGAAUCUGUCGACUUCAAAGCGGUAUGGACGGUGCGGUUGCCGUGGCAGACUGCGGACGCGGUAGGAUCUUGGACGUUGGAUUGGAUGGGAGAGUGACGUGUUCGUCAUCCGUAUGGGAAGAUGAUGGAGAGUCGGCAAAGGCCCAGGGAGUCUUUGAUGUUACUCAGAUAGAUGGCGGUUGCCUGGUCGUAUCAGAUUCACAACGAAAGGAGGUCAUCCUAUUUGAGGAAGGACGGAGGGUUCAUUCCCUACAACUUCCCGAGCAAAUCGACCCUCGAGGUGUGACGUCACAUGGUCACCGCGUCUUCAUCUGCGACCAAGGAAACCACUGUGUUCAGAUGUUAGAUCUUCGUGACAAGCAUGACUGCAAACCCAAAUCCACGGCCAUUGCUCUCAGCAAACCAAGUCAAGAGGGCAUGGUAUGCCCAUAUUACGCAUCAAUCGAUCAAACUGGUAAUCGUUUACUCGUCAGCGACUACGGCGCCGGUGCGCUUAUUCUCGCGCGCACUGAUAACGCGCAACCUCCGCUCCGCGUCAAACUCGUGGCUUCGCAUCUGACGUCACGCCAUGGACCACCGAGUACAGCUACCAAUAUCGAGAUCAGACCGACGGGCGUGGCGUGGCUGCCGGAUGGACGCGGUGCCGUGGUCGCUGACCAGAUCGGGCACCGGCUCGUGGUCGUUGACGAGGAGCUUAGCGUGGUGGGUAGUUUUGGACAACAGGGUUGCGGAGACGGGCAGUUUCUUUUUCCACACGGAGUCACUUUCGUAAGCGACGAUAUUCUCAGCGUAUGUGACAUGAGCAAUGCCCGAAUACAGUUUAUCACCUUGUCGUCAAUAAUGGCUGGCAUAAACAAAUAGUCUCAUGAUUGCAAACAUUAUUUUGUUUUCUCCCCACUAAACAUGCUAAAGCAAACUGGACAAGAGAAGAGCAUCUUUCAUAUAUAUCGACA